UUUUGGAUAGCGUAUGCCUUAAAUAUUAAAAACGUGUGUGUGUGUGUGUGUGUGUGUGGUGAUUUCGCCGACGACAUCUGGAUCGGGUCACAUGAUCCAAACAGCACACAAGGUCACGGGCGUUGCCUGUAGUCCCACCGGCGUGGCCAGUUCCCUUACAUAAUCUCCCAGUUCAAGAAACUAACGAGUGUCUAUUGCUGUGUGGCUCGAUUACAAAACUCUUCGCUCGAUUCUCGUAUGUCUGUCCUGUAAUUAUGGAUCUUAACACGGAUUCGAGAAGAAUAAUAACCAUGAACAAAGCUAGUACCUGCCUGGUUUGGAUUUUCAGAAUAUUUUUAAUCGUUUGUCUGAUUGUCAACGUUGCCAAUGCGUGUUCCUGUAUGUACCAACAUCCCCAAGAUCAUUAUUGUGAUUCAGAUUUCGUGGCUCUGGUAAAAGUCAAGCAAAGAGGAAAAUCUGACAGAACAUUAACAUCCUAUCAUAUUAAAAUUAAGAAGGAGUUUAAGAUGAGCGAGAAAGCUCGACACGCUCUAAGUCAAGGAUUAAUUUGGACAAGUAAUUUGGAGUCUUUAUGUGGAGUCAAUUUAAGACCGACUCGCUAUUUAAUAACAGGUCGAGUUUCCGGAGAAAAAGUUUGGGUAGGUAUUUGCAAUUUUGUUAAAGAAUGGUCGUCACUGACAGCAAAGCAGAAAAAAGGUUUCCGCAGACUUUACCAACAAGCAUGCCAUUGUAAAAUAACGAAGAAUUAUAUACACAACAAUAACACCACAGUCAGGCCACAGUGUUAUUGGGAAACUUGGAAAAGCGUAAAAUAUGACUGUCAAAAUUUAUAUUCUAUCUGCGCACCUUCCUCUCAUCACAUGAAAGAAUGUGUUUGGUUGAAAAGCAGAGCCUAUCGUCACUGUAUGAAAGAAAAAAGAGAUUUUCUCUACAGAGAACCUUAAAUUUAUCUUAACAGAUUCAUCGUCGAUACUCUUUCGGAGGUAUCAUAAUGAGCUUUGCCACUAGGUGGCAGAAUUAUGCUCGAGUCUCAGUAGUAGGACGAAACUCUCUCUCUCGAAGUUUAUCAUUUAAAAUAUUUUAAGAGUACAAUUUUAUGACAUCGUAGAUUAGGAGAGUGAAAACACGAUUUUUAAAUGUAGAUCGGCCAAAAAAAAAUAUAAAUUUAUCCAUCAGAAUUUACAUUAAAAUAUAUAUUAUGUUUUUCAAAUUUCUGCUGAUAAAGUAGGCAUUAUGUAUUUUAUGACACGUUCUGAUAAAUUAUGUCUGCGGUGAUUAAUUGCCAAUAUUUUUAAAUGUCAAUUUUGAUAUAAAUGCACCCUGGUUCAUCGCGUUCUUUUGUAAAUUAGAAAUAUGUUUAAAUGUAUGUAUUCAUUGUAGUAUUUAAAUUGUGUUUGUGAAGAACCUGUAUACUGGUCUCCAACGCGUAUAGUUUUGUAAUUAGGUCUACACUAGUAUUCAAGUGUAGUUGAUGGACCAAUAAAAACGUACAAAUGUAAUUUA